CUUGUUGGAAACCACCACAGCCCUAUCGCGAAAUCCACGUUGACCACGCAUUCCACGUCUUCGUUGCGACAACACCACAUACUCGUCCGCCAUGGCUUCGCUAACAGCAGCUUGUCGCAUCUCUGCCAGAAUGGCAGGGCGCUCCGUCAGAGGUUUCCGGACCUCUGCCGCCGCUCUCGCCGCUCAAAACUUUACCAUGCCCGCUCUGUCGCCGACAAUGACGGAGGGCAAUAUCGCGACCUGGAGGGUGAAGGAGGGCGACAAGUUCUCUGCCGGUGACGUGUUGUUGGAAAUCGAGACCGACAAGGCCACUAUGGACGUUGAGGCGCAGGAUGACGGUGUCAUGGUCAAGAUCAUGCAGAACGAUGGCGCCAAGGGUGUUGCUGUCGGCGCCCGGAUAGCUGUUAUUGCGGAGGAAGGAGAUGACAUUAGCUCUCUCGAGAUCCCAGCCGACGCGGCCCCACAGUCCAAGCCAGCCGAGUCAGCACCCUCGGCACCUCCCCCACCGACCACCGCGGACCAGUCUAACGUUGCCGUCCCCGAAUCCGCUCCUCAGAAGGCUUCGUCCAAGUCGGCUCCCAAGCCUCCGAGGAGGCAAUACCCCCACUAUCCUUCCGUCGCCCAUCUACUCAAGGUCAACGGCAUUGACGCCGCUGCCGUUCAGGAUAUCACCCCAACCGGCCCCGGCGGCCGUCUGCUCAAGGGUGACGUUCUUGCCUACCUUGGUAAGAUUGACGCCCAGACGCCGUCCACCGUCUCCGAGAGGUUCGAGAAGCAGUCGCACCUCGACCUUAGCAACAUCAAGGUUGCCAAGAGCACCGAGGCUGUCAAGGCCACUACCGAGAAGGCUCAGUCCAAGAAGCUGGAUGCUCCCGCUCCUCCUCCCGUAGCUGUUGUCACCGCGCCUAUUUCUCUGUCCGCCGCCAUCGAUGUUCAGAAUAAGCUUCACAAGACCAUCGGCGUCUUCCUCCCUCUCUCAACCUUCAUUGCCCGUGCCACCGAGAUCGCCAACCAGAAGCUACCCCUUCCCGCAAACUACCAGCCUACUGCCGAUGAGCUCUUCAACCAGGUUCUCGGUCUUGACAAGGUCACUCGCAAGGAAUCUCGCGGCUCUUAUACUCCCACAUUCGGCUCCUUCGUGGCCCCUCAGCGCGCAGCUCGCAAGGCUGAUAUCAUCGAUAUUCUCGCCGCUCCCUCCAAGCGCGUUGCUGCUUCUGUUCAGAGCAAGUCCGCCGCCCCCGGUUUGACCACUUCUGGACCCAACGUCUUCAGCCUUCAGGUACCCAAGUCGGAAGAGAAGAGGGCCCAGGCCUUCCUUCAUAAGAUGAAGCUUGUUUUGGAACAGGAGCCUGACAAGCUUGUACGGGCCUAAAAAAAACUUAAUGAUCUGUUCAUUCUUUUUCACUUCUUGCGCUCCCUCAAUUGCCUUUUAUAGAGAGGGAACAAAAUGCACAUAAAGCACAUGGGGUUUACUUGCUUGACAUAUGUUGGUAUUGGAUUGUAUGGAGUAACUUGUUAGCACUAGACUUCCACUUUUAUGGCUUCAUGAUCUAGGUUCUCUACUCUUAAUGUUCUGAGGACAACAUGCGCUCUUGUGCGGACGCCUGGGCAUUCUUAGUUGCGUUUCAACAGCUCAAACAACCGAGGAAUGAUUGCGUAUGGUUGGCGUGCCUUUAGCCCAUGAGCUCUGUGCUCGACGGUAAAGUUCUCCGCUCGUAUGGAGAUAUUUGCCAGGCCAUGUUUCGGUUAUUUGAUCAGCUCGUACGUCCAACCGC